UCGCCGCAUGGCUCCGCCGCCCGCCGGGGCGCCGCCGGCCCGGGCCGCCGCUGCCAGUGACAGGGAGCCCCGGAGGGGAAAUGCAUCCUGAAUGGGGCUGAGGCCCCCUGCUCGGGAAUAUGCAGCCUCGGCACCGCGGAGGCAGCACCAGGGCAGCGGCCGGCGCGCAGCGGGAUGGUGGCAACCUUCAAGAUCGCCGUGCUGGGAGCCCAGGGCGUGGGCAAGAGCGCCAUAGUCCGGCAGUUCCUGUACAACGAGUUCAGCGAGGUCUGCGUGCCCACCACGGCCCGCCGCGUCUACCUGCCCGCCGUGGUCAUGAACGGCCACGUCCACGACCUGCAGAUCAUGGACUUUCCCCCCAUCACCGCCUUCCCUGUCAACACCCUGCAGGAGUGGGCAGACGUGUGCUGCCGGGGGCUCCGGAGUGUCCAUGCCUACAUCCUGGUCUAUGACAUCUGCUGCUUUGACAGCUUCGAGUACAUCAAAACCAUCCGCCAGCAGAUCCUGGAAACAAGGGUCAUCGGCACCUCGGAGACGCCCAUCAUCAUCGUGGGCAACAAGCGCGACCUGCAGCGGGGCCGGGUGAUCCCGCGCUGGAACGUCUCCAACCUGGUGAAAAAGACGUGGAAGUGCGGCUACAUCGAGUGCUCGGCCAAGUACAACUGGCACAUCCUGCUGCUCUUCAGCGAGCUCCUCAAGAGCGUGGGCUGUGCCCGCUGCAAGCACGUCCACACCACCAUCCGCUUCCAGGGCGCGCUGCGCAGGAACCGCUGCACCAUCAUGUGA